UUCUGUCGUGAAGGAGCUCCAACAAUAGAAAGCAGACAGAGGUGGAUUCACAUGGAUUAUAAACCGGAUCGCUGUAACCGUAUAGAGACUCGCAAAGCAUUCGUUUUACAUGCAGAAGGACAUUUGUGUCGAUUAGCGUGAUUUCUGAUACGCUUGAGAAAUUGUCCUUGUAGGUUCAUCUGUGCGGAUCUGUUUUUGGAUGAAUUCUGGGAGCGCAUCUCUGACAUCCACGAGCUGCGUUUCAGCAAUGAAGAGAAGUCAGUAGAGUGGAAUAGGAACUGCGGGAAAAGUGACAGGAAUACAGGAAUACCUACACAGUCCAGGGAAGGAUGGAAAAAUAAACACAACACUUUAUAGGUACAUCUGUCCCAGGUGAUCGUGGAGUGAGUGAAGAUGCCGCUGGUGAAGAGGAGCAUCGAGCCGAGGCACUUGUGCCACACGGUGUUGCCCUGUGGUAUUAAAAACGAGCUGGAGUGUGUCACCAAUAUCUCCCUCGCCAACGUUAUACGCCAGCUCAGCAGCCUCAGUAAAUAUGCAGAGGACUUGUUUGGGGAGCUCUUUAAUGAAGCACAUGCCUUCUCCUUUCGAGUCAACUCCUUGCAGGAGCGAGUGGACCGUCUGUCUAUCAGUGUGACACAGCUCGACCCUAAAGAGGAGGAGUUAUCUCUGCAGGACAUUACCAUGAGAAAAGCUUUUCGCAGCUCCACCAUUCAGGAUCAGCAGCUAUUUGAUCGCGAGUCUCUUCCCAUCCCGAUGCAGGAGACGUUCAACCUCUGUGAACAGCCGCCACCACUCAACAUUCUUUCACCCUAUAGGGAUGACGGGAAGCAGGCUCUGAAGUUCUACACAAACCCAUCCUAUUUCUUCGACCUGUGGAGGGAGAAGAUGCUGCAGGACACGGAGGACAAGAGGAAGGAAAAACGGAAGCAAAAGUCUGAACAGCUUGAGGUGCCUUAUCUAACUUUUCUGCAGGGUUUUAUGGGUAGCCCCCACGAGCCCCUUCCUUUCAUGCCUGAGUUACAGGAUCCUCGCUUGUAUGAUCAGGUCUAUAAGUAUUUAGACCUCCCAGGGCAGCUAAAGAACAUCGAUCGUCCUGCAGAACCAGAGAAGGUACCACGAGCUCCUCAUGAUCGCAAAAAGGAGUGGCAGAAACUGGCUUUAGGGGCAGAGCUGGCAGAAGAUGACACUGAAGAUAAACACAAAGACGCUAGCAAUGGCUUGGCACCCUACCAUGACCCCAGGCAAAUGUACAUGGAUCAUUUGGAUGGUUCGUUCUCUCUGGCUGCUUUGCCGUACUCACAGAUGAGCGAGUUGCUCAACCGCACAGGAGAGCGCAUGUACGGCCGACCUCACGAGCCUCCACCUCCUCCACCUUCACACCCUGCAGACAUCAAACCUGCCUCCGCCAUCAGCUCCAGUUCAGGUUUCUCCGACAGUCGUCCUCAGUCCCCGGCCCGCACCCCUGUCUUCUUGAACCCCAAUGCUCCGCCCCCUCCUCCUCCACCACUUCCCCCACCUCCUCCUCCUCUCCCAUCCACUGUAUCGGGCUCGAGCAUGCGCAGCACACCGCCUCCCCCAAUCCCGCCAUUACCUUCCCAGCAACCCCUUGCUAUCCCCCCUCCUCCUGCACCCCUUCAGAUUGCCCCCGGUGUAUUACACCCCGCCCCUCCUCCUGUGGCUCCGCCUCUUCAUUCUUCUCCAGCUCGCCUACAGCAGGACAAAGUCUUGCUCCCUGGCCUGGGAGACGGCGCUGUCUUACCUCCUCCUCCCCCGCCUCCUCCUCUGCCCCACCCAGGGGCCAGAAGCUCUCCUCCUUGUCAGCCUCCAGGUCCACCCCCUGUGCCUUCGUUCCCGGUUUCAUCUCCGUCCACUCACUUGGGUCACGAAGUCAAACGACAUCCAUCAAACCUGCCACCAAUCAGCGACGCUCGCAGUGUCCUAUUAGAAGCCAUUCGUAAAGGUAUCCAACUGAGGAAGGUCGAGGAGCAAAGGGAACAGGAGGCUAAGCACGAGCGUGUGGGCAACGACGUAGCCACUAUCUUGUCCCGACGCAUCGCUGUGGAGUACAGCGACUCCGAAGACGACUCCGAGUUCGAUGAGGUCGACUGGAUGGAGUGAGAGGGGGGGGGGAGAAGAAGGGAGAGAAUGAUGAUGAUGAUGAUGAUGAAUAUUUAGGUGGGAAUAUUUCGAAAGAAAUGACCAUGUUAUGGAAAAAAAAAAAGUCGUGUCUCGUUUUCUCCUCUGUCCCGCUUCCACGGUUCUCCAUGUGGUAUGUUUCAGGAAACUUUGUGUCUCCUCUCUGGUUGUCUUUUUUCCAGGAUGUUUUGCUCUCAUGUUUUUUAUACAACAUAAUUAAACUUAUGUUGAUUGUUCUCAAGGUUUUUUAACGUUUCUCUUUUACAAUUAAUGGAAAUAACUCCGAUGUUGUAGCUCAUUUUCAAGGAGGGACCACAAAGCUCCACUGUUUAGUGUUAUGUAAAGAGGUAAAGAGGCAAUGCGUCUUUAGCAUCAAUUCUAAGGCAAUACUGCCACCCUCUGGUUUAUUACCAUCUAUUUUUUUUUUUUUAAUUUACUUGUAUAAGGAAAACAUUUCACAUGGUUAAAUAGGUCAGUAAACGGCCUAUGUGAAAUGAGGGCAUGGUCUGUUAAAAAAAAGAAGAUGAUGAUUAUGUUCUCAUUACAAUAAUUUUACAUAUCUCUGAGCAAUAUGUACUGUCACUGUAUGAGUUAGUGAGAAUGAAAAAAUAAAUGUGGUCGAGAUGCUCGUUUUCUGUAAAGAUGAAAAAAUGAAGAAAAAAAAAAGAAGUCGAAGAGAAAAAAUAAAAAGUAAGGUGUUUUAAUGGUGCUGGGAUAUUAGGGGCAAGAUGUUAUGUUAUGUUAUUUCAGGGUUCUAGCAUUCAGAGGGCUCUACAUGGUGUGUUGAAAUCAAUAAGGAAUCAAACCACUACAGUAUCAACUGACUGUCUUCUGACCAAACAAAAGAAAACAAAA